AUGAGAUCAAGAACUGGAUGCUUAACGUGUCGAACUCGAAAGCUGAAAUGCGACGAGCAAAAGCCCGAAUGUUCCCAGUGUCGCAAGGGCGGCCGAGAAUGCCGCCCGAGCGAGGGUGUCGUUUUUCGUCACCAGCAGAACGCGUCGAUGAAUCGAAGUUCUGAUCAAUCACCUGAAGGUCGUGGGAGUUUGAACGGAUUCUAUUCGUAUAAGAAUACUUUUGAUAAGGAUAGUGUGUGGUUAGAUGUCCCGAAACAUGUCAUAUUCGUCGAUAACUCCGACCCAUACGCCGACGACCUCGAAGCCUCGCUGGGAGGCGCUGGUAGUUCAACGCUGGCACCCUCGCCAAAUCACAGAUGGGGCAGUAGUGGCUCUCGAACAAGCGAUGCCGAGACACAAAGAUUGGAAGCGUUGUCGGCGGUCGCAUCACACGACCGAUUCCCUUAUUCUCCUUUAGAACACUCCGUCUCGGAUAGUGCCUCUUAUUCCUCUCCUCACGGUGGGCGGAGCAUCGCUCUGCCCCCGGCUUCUCCUGCCAUGUCGCUGUCGUCCACCAGCAACAAUACCAAUAUCAACUUCCUCCUCAACCCUUCCCAUUCGAUGUCGCCCCCCAUCGAUCCAAGCAUUCAACUCGCUGAUAGGAGUACGACACUGCCAUCGCGGCCGGCACUCUCACAGAGAAGCAUGUCUCAUGCACCAGAUGAUAAUGCAGAAACGGAUUUCGAGACUGCUUUCCUCCUUCGACAUUAUUCCGAAGGCCCGGGAUUAUGGAUGGACCUCUUCGAUCUAGGAACGUAUUUUGCAUCAUACGUCCCAGUGCGAGCAAGAUCCAACCCGCUGUUAAAGUUCGCAGCAUGCGCAUACUCAGCCAAGCAACUAGGCCGUGUGAAAGGCGCAAAAGCCCCCAUGGGUGGUGUAUGCACACAGCAAGCCGCCAUGGAACUGUGGCCUGAUAAAGACCCCGAUUUUGCAUGGUAUGGGGCCAAGUAUUAUGAAAAAGCAAUCCAGCUGUUAAUGAAGGAGCUUCAACCCGAUGAAGGCCCACCUCCACUGAGUACGCCCGAGGCGUUUGGUCAAUGGCAGGCUUCAGAGUUGUGUGGUGAUGCAGGUAACCCGCGUAAACGCCGGAGAAGGGGUUCUGAUAGUCGGCUUUCGCAUGGAGUUCAUUCGGACGAGGUACUUGCCGCAACGGCCAUUUUGUCAGUAUAUGAGUUUCUCGAUGCAGCGGGACCAGCGUGGAAUCGGCAUUUGAGUGGUGUGAAGUCGCUGCUUGAUGUCGCUGAGGUGGGUAUGAUGCCACUUGAGCAACGUCCGUCGCCUGGAGACGGCCCGUAUCAGACGGCCAAGAAGUCAGGGCUUUCCAAAGCGCGACGGGCGACGUUUUGGAAUUUCGCCAGACAGGACUAUCUGGCAGCCUUCAUCAAUGAAGGCCACACAAGGCUAAACACAGACGACACAGUUCUCUGGACAGAAGCAGGCCUGCUCCUCGAUAAUAUGGGCUUCAUCCGCCCAAGCAACACAGGCGCCGCAGGAUACCCCGAAGGCGAAGACAUAAUGAAAGAAGACCUAAUAAGCAACGGCCUAGUCUGGAUCCUAUCCAAAAUCGUCAACUUCAUAAGCUCAGGCGACAACAUGCAUCUAACAGAUAACCACACCGUGCCAGGCCCACUAGGGGUAACCCAACAAGUCCUCCUAGAACGCUGGCACAGACUCGAAUCCGAACUGGACGCCUGGAUCAACGGUGUCCCAGAAACAUUCAAGCCCUGCGCGCGAAUCGACUCCGCCCGCCUCUCCCACCACCGUCCACCAGCUGAAAACGAAGACACCUCCACCCUGCAAGAAAUCUGGUUCAGUUUGCCCAUGUGCGCGUCGACCAUGCAGCAUUAUCAUAUGGCGCGCAUCCUGCUGCUCAUUAAUAAACCGCACGAGUCGACUAGUCGUCGCAGCACGAUCACCCUGCGUCUUCAAUCGUACCGCUCUAUCGAGUCGGAGAUUGCAUUCCAUAGUCGGGAGAUUGUUGGCAUAGGACUCUCGCGUCCAGAUGGUAGUGUGCGAAUCAAUUCGCUGCAGCCGCUGUUCGUUAGUGGACAGUGUUUGACUGAUCCGCGUGAACGCCAGACCACUGUGAGAUUGCUUCGGAGUAUUGAGACUGAUUUGGGCUGGGCGACUGAGUAUCGGGUUCAGCAGUUGUUGAAGGAGUGGGGGUGGGAGGAGAGUUCGACCCGGUCGCCUGGUUCUUGA